UGUAUCCAUGUAUUUAUGGCGUUUAUUGUUUAUGUUUUCAUUUCCUUAUCGCUUUAUUACAUUAAAUCUGUUAUCUUGUGUAAACAUUGUUUGCUGCCAAAAUCAAUAUAUAGAACAACGCUCAAUAUGAAGAUAUUUAUUUUUAUAUUGUGUAUUUUGCCAGUAAUUUUGGGACAGCGAGUUGCACCUGGAGUGCCCCCACAACAAUAUGUACCUCAGAAUCAAAACUAUCAACAAAUGCCGCAAGGCGGUCAAGUGCCAAUGAAUCAACAACAACAAUAUCAACAGCAACAAAUGCCACCGCAACAAAUGCAACAGCAACAACAAAUGCACUAUCAGCAACCCCAAGUCCAACAACAAGUGCCCGUGCAACAUCAACAGGUUCCUGUUCAGCCUCAGCAAGUGCCGAUGCAACAUCAACAGCAACAACAUCACCAAGGGCAUCCUCAAAGGUCGCAACAGAUUUUGAAUGCCGCUAAUAUUGCACAAGAAAAAGAACAUAUAGCUGAACAUUUGGAACUACCAAUCGACACAAGCAAAAUGUCCGAACAAGAACUACAAUUCCACUAUUUCAAAAUGCACGAUGCAGACAACAACAACAAACUCGAUGGCUGUGAACUAAUUAAAUCCCUCAUCCAUUGGCACGAACAAGGCAGCAAAGAGGCCCACAACACCCAAGGAGGAGGCCACGCUCCUCAUGCCGAGGAAAAAAUCUUCUCAGACGAUGAACUGGUGUCACUGAUUGAUCCAAUUCUAUCGAUGGACGAUGCCAGUAAAGACGGUUACAUCGACUACCCUGAGUUUGUGAGGGCUCAAUCGAAGGCUGCUAAAGGAAACUAAUUAAUAAUAAAA